AUGGAUGAUGCCGCUGCCGAUGAAGGCGCAGCAGGGGACCGCAAGCGAGACCGCAACGACGAAGACGGCUUCUUCGAUUCGCUGGGGACGUACUCGCGGACAAAGGCACCUCGGCCAGAGAAGCCCAACCCCGACGAUCUCAAGGUGUCGUCGAGGGAGCUCAACACGCAGUUUGCGCAGGGCAAGAAGCUCGACGAGUACGAAGACGAGAGGAGCAGCAGCAGCAGCAGCAAGAACAGAGACGGGAACCAGGGCAGUGCCAGAGGCGCCGGCGCCAGCGCAUACGGCGGACCCGGGCACCAGUGGAGGAUGAUGAAGCUUCGGCGGGUGUACGAGGCGGCCGAAGAGGAAGGCAGAGACGUCAAGGAGGUGGCGCUGGAGCGGUACGGAAGCCUGGAUGACUUUGAGGAGGCCCGGAGGGAGCGCCAGUUCCUCGACGACCAGCGGGGUGGCGGCGGCGGCGGCGGCGGCGGUGGCGGCAGGGCAAGGGCCGGAGAGGGCCACGUCAGCGCAAGCAGCAGCGGCCGCGCAACACCUACCACGGCAACAAGGCGGCCUGGAGUGGCUGGAGGCUUCAUGUACUCGGACUCGCCCGGCCUGCCGUCGAGGCCGCAGUCGCGGCAGUCGUUCCGCAAGCCAGGCGAGGCCUCAGCACCCUCGACUCCCCUCGGCGGGCCUCCGAGUGCACCGAGGAGGUUCCAGCAGGCCAGCCUCGAGACUGACGCAACUGCAUCGUCGCCGUCCUCCUCGGCGACGACGACGCCUAAGCCAUCGACGCCAAUCCCAAGCGUCUUCACGCCCACCACCACAACAGCACCCCCCAGGAGCAGCAACCUUGCCAGCUCCGAGGCAGGCGAGAGGCAAGACGCGGUCCAGAGGGCCGUCGAGGCGUCUGACGCGCGCGAGGCGGACAGCAGCAAGGCGGCCGCCGCCGCCGCCGCGGCCAUGGACCCCGUCGCGCUCAACAAGCUCUCGGCAAAGGUGAUGCGUGCCGAGAUGUCGGGCGCGCCCAAUGCGGCCGAGCUCCGCGAGAGGCUCGAGAGAGAGACGGCGAGAGCCAAGGCUGGGAAUGGGGGCGAUCACGGGCAGGGCUGGAAUGCAGGCAGCGGCGGCCAGGAUGUCCAGGUGCUCCCCACGCUCGAUGCCCGCGGCAGACUCUACGACGUGGGCACGGGCAAGCCGGGCGACGAAGACGAUGAAGCGCGAAGACAAGCGCCAGGCAACCGUCGCAAGAAGGCCGACAAGUUUGAGACGAGGGACAAAAAGACCGGCGAGGUGCUGCGGUACAAUGCAGACGACGACGAGCAGACGCUCGCCGACCUGGUGCGACAGGAGAGGUUUGGGGCGGGGAGAAGGGACCAGAAGGACAUGGACGCCGAGCUGGCAUCGCGCAUCAUGGGCGACAAGGCAUACAAGGACGACGUCGACUACGUGGACGACAACGUCGAGCGGCUCUCGAGGAAAAAGGUCAAGAGCGAUGGCGCCAAGCGUGAAUUUGCCAUCCAAGACUUUGCCAAGACGAAAAAGGCUCUCGACAGCUGCAACCUGUGCUGGCAGGACGAGGGCCAGCGGCCGCCGCGGACGACGGUCGUCUGCAGCGGCACGCGAUGCUACCUCGCGCUGAGCGAGACGGAGCCGCUGACGCGCAUCCACCUGCUCAUUGUGCCCAUCCAGCACCACGUCUCGUCGCUCGAAGCCGACGAUGACACGUGGGAGGAGAUCAAGAACUUCAUCAAGUGCCUCAUGCAGCUCGCCGCCCAGCGAGGCGAGGCGCUGAUGAUCUGGGAGACGGUCAAGUCGGUCAAGCACCACAAGCACACCUUCCUCGAGGCCAUUGUCGUAUCGCGCGACGUGCAGGACGAUCUGCGUGGCUACUUUCAGCAGGCGAUUCUCCAGGCCGAGGGCGAGUGGUCGCAGCACAAGAAGCUCAUCACGUUUACACCCUCCAGGCCGUUCCGACGGAGCCUGGUGCCGCAGCUGCCCUACUUUAUGGUCCAGUGGGACCACAAGGGCGAAAAGGGCUAUGGCCACGUCAUUGAAGACGAUGGCAAGGCCCGGCACCGCGGCGGCGGCGAGGACGAGGACCAGUACGAAGACGAAGAAGAGGGCCAGGAGUUUCCAGUGUAUUUUGCCGCCGAGGUCGUCGGCAACGUGCUCGACCUCGAGCCGAGACGCUGGAGGAAGCCCAAAAGGAUGCAGGCCCACGAGCAGAAGCAGAGACUGCAUGACUUUAAAAAGGAGUGGGAGCCAUUUGACUGGACAAAGAUGCUGGACCAGCAGCCCUCGUCGGCGUGA